AAGAGAGUUGAAAGAAAGAAGAAAGAGACGCAACACAAGCUAGCUCGCAGGCUAGCUUAAUGUCCUACCGUGUUGCAAAUGUGUCCAAAGCCACGGGAAAGGGCGGAAUGUGGGGGGUUGGAUUCAUAAAACUGGGCAUGGGGUUGUUUGUAAGUAGCGCGGUUAUUGGACCGGUGGGUUCGGUGUCCGUGGAGGCAGCGUUGACCGAGGGACGAUUGAUUUGUGUAGGAGUCAACAACCAGAGCUACUACUGUGAUUCAGGCUACUGUUGUGGAGAAUCUCAGUGUUGCAGCUAUUACUACGAGGUGUGGUGGUUUUGGUUGGUCCUGACACUCAUCAUCAUUCUGGGCUGCUGCUGCGUGUGUCAUCACCGUCGAGCCAAACACAGACUGCAACAACAGCAACGGCAGCAUGAGAUCAACCUCAUCGCCUACAGAGAAGCCCAUAACUACUCCUCUCUGCCCUUCUACUUCAGGUUCCUACCUGGCUACCUCUUACCAGCCUACGAGGAAGUAGAAAACAGACCUCCAACACCCCCUCCUCCAUACAGUGCCUCUCAGCCGGGCCACUCCACCAGCUCUGACCCCCUGUGCUCCGAACAACCGGACGAGCUCUGCCCUCCACUGCAGUCCAGCCCCGUCACCCCGUCCGCAUCCGAGAACCACUCUCCAGAGCCCUGCACAGAGCAGCCACAGACUCCCACCACACACCACCCUGCCAAACCACAGUACCUCAGCCUAGAGGAGGACGGGCGGCUCCAGCAGGUGGCGUGCGCAACCUCACACAGCCUACUCAAACAGGACAGCUCAGGCGAAGACCUGAGCCAACCCGGAGACUGUUCCCCUGACAGCAAAGAUAAGACUCCGGGUCGGCACCGCCGCUUCACUGGUGAUUCCGGGAUCGAGGUGUGCGUGUGCAACCAGAGGCCCGGGGACGGAGAGGAAGAGGAGGAGAUGAAAGAGCUUGUAGGGCAUAUGGAUGCAAGGGAACUCGAGGAGCAGGACUUCUGUGAUAGUUGCAACCCUCGCAGCAGCAGCCCUCCUCUGGGCCCAGGGGACGAGGAGCAGGGUUUGGCUGAUUCAGACGUGCCUCUGGAGCCUCAACGACCCCCAGUCUGCCUCCAACUGCACACCAUCAGCGAGCAGGACGGCCCGCAUCAUGCCAGCAACACGGACCCCCAGAGUUGAGCACAACUGCUUCUAGCAGAGACUUACUAUAGACUGCUGUGUCCCUUUACUUUCUCCAGAUACAUCAGUUUGUACUGUCAGCAAUGUCACUUUUGGUGUACUUUUGGUGUGUGUGUGUGUGUGUGUGUGUGUGUGUGUUUGUGUGAGCGAAAGAGAUUUAAAAGGGUGUUAAUUCGUGAGUCCUAACGGUUUUAUGGAUUAAUAGGGUAAUCUAGUAAAGACGUUAAUAGGUCUGUUGCCGGAGAGGUCGCGAUCAAAGCCACAGGGGAAUUUCUCCUCCUUUUAUAGCCUUAUCCAGCUCCAGGUGCCAUGCCUGGAGAUUUGGAAGAUUUUUGUUGGUUUUUGGGAAGCGGAUUGACUCCUGCUUCAGAUGAAGAUGGCACUCAAGGUCGGUGGAUAUUUUACUAGCUUUUCACUCCUUUACUUUCAAUACUUAAAGGGACAUAUCUCAGAGAAAUGAAAGUUCUGGUGAUUCCUCACCCUUGCGUUAUUUUGAACGCAUUAAGGCCUAUGUAUUCUUAUGUAGAGUAUUGAAAUUAUACUUAACCAUUAAGGGACGGGUCGGCACAUGCGUUCUUCUGAUUUAACAUCAACCUUACAUGUACACUGCUGUCUACGCUUGGGACAGUCUGGUCCAAAGUCCACUGAUCCUUAAAAGGACAUUGUGUGGAUUGUUUACCAAAGUUUACUUGAGUCUUUAUUUUCUGAAUCUCAAAUUAUUUAAUUUAGUUUAAAUAAAAUCAAUUGAAAUCAAUCUAAACAAUCUUAAAAAAAUAACAAAUUAGUAAAGAGUAUAGCUGUGUCUCAUUUCAGAGGCUGUAUCCUCCGCAGGAUGCAGACUUCAAAGGUGAAUCCUUCAAAGUCCACACAGGCGGAACUGAGCGUUUUGAAAUGAGACUAUCUAGCCUACAGAGGACAAAUCUCGCCACCUAGCAACUGUAACCGCUGCUGUUAAUAAGCGGUAAUAAAAUUUGUAAUGACUUAAAAGUGAUUUAAAAAUUAUUUUAAAAUAUCUGAAGGCAAAGCAAAGUUUACAAAAGCUGGAAAUAUAUUUCCGUUGGUCCAUACAUGUACACAUAAAAAUGUGAACUGUAUAUAAAAUCGCUCUUUAGUAAGAUAUGUCAUACUCUUUUUGUUUUUAACACGUGUUUAGAUAUCCAAGUAAAAUAAACCUAAUUCAUACAUUUAAGUUGGAGAUUUCUUUUAAAAACGUCCUGCUGUUAUCAGCGCGCAACAAAUCUUGAGACGUUCGAGGCUGCAAAGGAUCCACCGGUUGUGUCCUUCAUUACCUGGGAAAUGAAGGACGCAUUUUGAGGUUGCAUUUGAAGGAGACUUUAAAUUUUUCAAAAAUGAAACCGCCUUCAUUGUGCCAUGCCAACACAGCCUCUGAAAUGAGACUCAGCUAAUGAAUAAAAAUAUUAAAUGAAUCCACAAUGUAAAAAAUGCUUGGUUCCCUACAAGUCCUUCAUGUUGUCCCAACACAAAUCGAUUAAGUUAACUUAAUUGUUUUUAUAAAUUUAAGUGGAUUGAACAUAUAACCGUUGUCUCAAAAAAGCUUAAGAAUUAUGUUUUCAACUCAUUUUAAAUAAGUAGUUUGAACAAGCUGCAAAAGUCAUUUUCUUUGAGUACAUACACAUAUAGUAAGGAAUGGUAAUGAAGCUGAAACAUGCUUGUCAACUACUAAGAACCAAUGAGGGUUUGUGAAGCAAGUUGGUCAAUGUUUAUAUCUGAAUUAAAGCCUAAAUUUGGAAGACUAGGCUUAAACAGCUUCAUAUGGAUUUCAUUAAUAUAUUUUAGGAUUUUUAUUUGGUAGAAUCCGAUUGUAGGUGGAAUGGAAUUUAAGUUGAAGUGCAAAAAAAGACCAAAAGUCAUGCCUUUGGAGCAAUUAACGUGAGGGUGAGAAACAGAGAAAUUUCAUUUUUAGGUGAGCUAUUCCAUCAUGAUUAUAUUGAGCACAAAAAAAUGGGAAGGACAGCCAAGAGCAGUCUGCUUACACUUCAGAGCUUUAAUAUUCUUUCUUGUCUUUGUUGUUUUUGUUUUCCUGGUAAUCUUGAUCUGGAAUAUUGCAUGAUGCUGGUCAGAAAAAAAAUGAAGGAAAGUAAUUACCUAAAUACUACUUUGUUUCAGUAUCAACAAGCAUGAACGUGCUUUCUACCCAGCAGGGUUAGGUUGCCAUUUUGUUUCAUCUUAUUAUAACAUGGUAUCAAGCUUUAUCCAAUAUUUGCAUGAUUAUUUGCAUAAACUGAAUAACAUCCUCAUAUAGUAGUGCUUUUUGAAGCUCAUUAUACAAAGACUAUUCAAAUGAAGGCUGAAAACAAAUGACUUUGUAUAUAGAUCAAACCCAGCUCGUAUAUUACAUCUUACAAUAGGUGCCUUUGUUGAUUUAGCUAGUUUUCAUAUGCCUUAAAGAGAAUUGUGUGUGUGUGUGUGUGUGUGUUGUAGAAUUUGUGCAUUUACUAAUAAAGGGCCAGUAUGAGUGACUAUUUUAGUCAAAAGUAACUAGGAUCACUUGAUAAGCCUUCCAUCGAAACAUAUCAUGAUUGUUUUUUUGCCUUAAUUUAAUUUCAGUACUCUCCCAUAUUGCUUUUAAGGUGGUUUUAUUUUGUAUCUUAACACUGUAAGGGAACUCUUGCACCACUAACAGUAACUUAUGUAUAGGCCUUAUUACAUAGAAUAAGUGUUUAAUGUGUACAGAUGUAUCGUAGCAGUUCAGGUAAGGUUACUGUCAUGUUAGUGUAGCACUUACGUAGAGUUCAUGAGGAGAUUUUGUUUUGUUUUUCUGUGGUGGUGAGACUGUCCAAAGCUGCUCCACUGCAUUCCCUACACUGUGUGAGUGUGUGUGUGAGAGAGAUAGUAGGUUUCUUUAAGUGGAUCGUUCUUCAGACCACUGUGUUUGCUUGACCUUUGGUUUGGAUUAGCAGAUAGGUGUCCUUUAAUAGAGUCUUAGCUUGGGCACAGAUGGCUUUUGGGCCGUGUUGAUCUCCAGAUCAGCUUGUUCCUGUGUAAAUAGAGCCUAAUUUGCGUUGAGACGUGAUGAGGCUGGAACAACAGGUUUUUGGGAGGCAGAUUCCAACACCAAUGUGGUGCCUUCGUCAAACCUUUAUGUAGCAGUAUUGUUUGGCUAUUAAAACUCAGCAUUGCGAGCAACAUUUAUUGAUGUAUUUGAGAGAGAUUAAGUGAAAGCUGUGGAGAUCCGGUCAUCUGUGCUCAUGGUGCUCUUUCUGUAAAUGUUGUCUCCAUUGUUUUCUCUCAUCGAGACCAAAGGUAUUGAUUUAAAGUGAAAAUCUGAGUCGUUGUGUUAGUUAGCUCACUGUGAAUGAGAUGUUCAUUCGGUUCGCCUGAAAGAAGUUGUCAUAGCACUGUUUUGACACUGAGCAGUGAGUGUGUGUGAUUGUGGGUGUGUUGGAAGGUGACGAAGGCUUCGCAAGCCAAUUGCUUUUGUUUUCCUCAAGCUUCGAUUCAAGCCUGGUACUACGUUUUAGUUUUGUAUUCGUAGUCACUUUCUUUUUAUAUAUAAAACUGUAUUUUCCGCAUUUUAUAAGAAGACUCAACCAAAUUAAAGACUGUCAGAGAAUGUUCCAUAUGAAUAAUAAUAAAGAAAGAUUUUGAGA